AUGCCUAGAGACGACCUAUCCAUCGACUUCGUACACAAGAUGGCGCCCUCGGUGGAGGCGCAAGACCCAGGCCUCAUUCUUGACGACUGGGUCCACCGAACCUCGAACCUACACGAAGAGAUACGCUUCCUUCAGGACGAGAUACACGACAAGGACCGCGCGUACCACGAGUGCGUAAAGACCAUAGAGGACAGCGAUGGCAAGAUACAACGAUGGAUACGCGCCAACACCAGCGCCCAGCCGAAUCCUCGCGAGGAUUUCCUGCGCAACACCAUACAUACCAACUAUGCCAAAGCCGAGCGGCUCGCCUUGGAGAAGACAAACCUGUCAGCAAGACUAAGCCAGCUGCUCGAGAAACAUUUGCGACAUUUAGACGGACAGAUCAAGCUCCUGUACGAUCGCGGAGAGCCGGGCUUCGUGAACCCAGACGAGACUCCCUCAGUACUACGACCGAGUGCUGCCAACCAUAGCAUCCCCAGUACCAAGUACAGUGGCGUCGCUGCCUCGUCGUUAGGAACCAUAACCAGUACUAGCUCGACACCCGGCGCAAGGCCCACCAACCUGCAAGUUAGAACAACCCAAGCUCAGAAUCACCCCAGCUCUGCGCCUGCUUCCCCAGCCGCCACCAUUAUUCUAAAUCGUAAAGACCGCCAGUCCUCGGCCGACCCUGGAAGCGGCAUCCCUAAGAGGGGCCCGCGUACUGGCAGUGGCCUGGGCAACGCGCCUACAGCAUCAAGCGGUCUUGCGCGACACUCGUCUAUCGGUCCAGGAACACCGAAAGCCGGCACCCCAGCCGGGAGUAGAGCAGGCAGUGCCGGGCCUCGGGCCACUAGCAAAUCACACGGCGGCGUUCGCAAAGGUACUCCGAGCGGCACAGCGGGACGUAAGAAGCCCCCGAACGCCAAAUCGGGCCUGAACCGCGUGAAGCAGGCCGGAAGGUCCAAGGGCUCGCCCACCUCGACGGUCGAUAGUGAGCUGUCUGACGCCGAGUCGGCCACCAGCUCGCAUGCGGGGUCGCGGGCUGGCAGUACGCCGGCGCCCUCAGCCGCCACCAGUCACUUACCUCACAAAAGGUCGCACAAGCGCAACGGGGAUGUUGAAGACAUGGCCGAUAGCGAUGGCGAUGCCAGCGGGUCCGGCGAAGAAGAGGACGAAGAGGGCAAGAAGUACUGUCUAUGCCAGCACGUGUCGUAUGGCGACAUGGUGGCUUGUGACAACCCAGACUGUCCGUACGAGUGGUUCCAUUGGAAUUGUGUUGGUCUCAAGAGUGAGCCCGAGGGACGCUGGUUCUGCCCUGAGUGCCGUGAACAGAGAAAAAAGGGGAAAUAG